UCCUCCUGCUGCUGCCACUGCUCAGACGCAGAGCUGCAGCCAGACAGUGCAGCCACCGCCGCCCGCCCGCCGCCAUGGCCAGGAACCGCAAGGAGAGGAACAGCUGGGGCGGCUUUUCCGAGAAGCCGUACGAGUGGAGCUCUGAGGAGGAGGAGCCCGUGAGGAAAGCCGGGCCGGUCCAGGUCCUCAUUGUGAAGGACGAUCACUCCUUCGAGCUGGAUGAGGCCGCCCUGAACCGCAUCCUGCUCUCGGAGGCCAUCAGAGACAAGGAGGUGGUGGCCGUGUCCGUCGCCGGGGCUUUCCGCAAGGGCAAGUCGUUCCUGAUGGACUUCAUGCUGAGAUACAUGUACAACAAGGAGUCCGUGGACUGGCUGGGGGAUUACAACGAGCCCCUGACAGGUUUCUCCUGGCGCGGGGGCUCUGAGCGCGAGACGACCGGCAUUCAGAUCUGGAGCGAGCUCUUCCUCGUGGACAAACCGGAUGGGAGAAAGGUCGCCGUGCUGCUGAUGGAUACGCAGGGGACAUUUGACAGCCAGUCCACGCUGAGGGACUCUGCCACGGUGUUCGCCCUUAGCACGAUGAUUAGCUCCAUACAGGUCUACAACCUAUCGCAGAACGUCCAAGAAGACGACCUUCAGCACCUGCAGCUCUUUACAGAAUAUGGCAGGCUGGCCAUGGAGGAGACGUUCCUGAAACCCUUCCAGUCCCUCAUAUUCCUGGUCCGGGACUGGAGUUUCCCUUACGAGUUUUCCUACGGAUCUGAUGGCGGUGCAAAAUUUUUGGAGAAACGUCUUAAGGUCUCGGGAAAUCAACACGAAGAACUGCAGAACGUCCGAAAACACAUCCACUCCUGUUUCACAAAAAUCUCCUGCUUCCUGUUGCCUCACCCUGGCUUGAAAGUAGCCACCAACCCAAAUUUUGAUGGAAAACUGAAAGAAAUAGAUGAAGAAUUCAUCAAGAACUUGAAGGUGUUGAUCCCUUGGCUGCUUGGCUCCGAUAGCCUGGACGUUAAGGAGAUCAAUGGAAACCACAUUACCUGCCGGGGCCUCGUGGAGUAUUUUAAGGCGUAUAUAAAGAUUUAUCAAGGAGAAGAAUUGCCACAUCCAAAGUCGAUGUUGCAGGCCACAGCAGAAGCUAACAAUUUAGCAGCAGUUGCCACUGCCAAGGACACCUACAACAAGAGGAUGGAAGAGGUCUGUGGGGGUGACCGGCCUUUUCUUGCACCCAGCGAUCUCCAGAGCAAACACCUGGAGCUCAAAGAGGAAGCAGUGAAGCUGUUCCGUGGAGUGAAGAAGAUGGGUGGGGAGGAAUUCAGUCGCCGUUACCUCCAGCAGCUGGAGAAUGAGAUAGAUGAGCUCUACAUACAGUACAUCAAGCACAACGACAGCAAGAACAUCUUCCACGCUGCACGUACCCCUGCAACAUUGUUUGUGGUCAUUUUCAUCACCUAUGUGAUCGCCGGUGUGACCGGAUUCAUUGGGUUGGACAUCAUAGCUAGUCUAUGCAACAUGAUAAUGGGGCUGACCCUGAUCACACUGUGUUCCUGGGCAUAUAUCAGAUACUCUGGGGAGUACAGAGAGCUGGGAGCAGUAAUAGACCAAGUGGCUGCAGCCUUGUGGGACCAGGGAAGCACAAAUGAGGCUCUGUACAAACUUUAUAGUGCAGCAGCAACGCACAGACAUUUGUACCACCAUGCAUUCCCUGCACAGAAAGCAGAAUCUGCUGAAGGCUCAGAAAAGAAGCAGAUGUAAACCGGAGGCUCUCAGGCAGCUGCAUGACAGGAACACCUCCACCUUCUCAUCGGUUAAAUACUCUCACUGUUGUACCUAUGCUCAAGUGUCUGAAGCUCCUGAAAUGGAAAAGGGAGAAUGAAAAAACAAAAUGUGCUUGUAAGCUGGUUUGAUGUGUUUGCUUUUUAAGUUUGGCAACACUGUUUGAUGGGAAGAUAUAGGCAUGUUUUUCAUUUUGUUAAUAUGUACAUAUUUAUUUUGCUGCAAAUAUAUACAGUGCUCUUAUAAUUUUUAAUAUCAAACAUCAUUUCCAGCUGAUUUAGGAAAUCUUGUUUUCCGCUUUAAAUCAGUACAUGUUAUUCUACAGGCAUUAAUAAAAUGAUGUGGUAAUAGGACUACAAGUUUUCCAGAAAACAUCUUGGCGGUCUUCGGAAGGAUGACCUCUUCUUGUGUUACUCUCAGAAUUUGAGCGAGCAUAUCAUGUAACCAAAGGUUUUUGAUUAAUUAACUUUUUCCUCAUAUCUGCCAUGACUACAUGAUUGCAUCAGUACAAGUGAACAAAAAUGUGUUAACUUGCUUUGUCAGAAAUUGUAAGGAGAGUUCUUCUUGUAUGGUAUGUUUAAUGAUAUUGUAAGGAAAGCAAACUUUUUCUGUUCCUAACUUUCAUGCACAAAAAGAUCACUUUGUACAUGUAUUUGAGAAAGUUUCACUGUAUUUCUGUAUAUACACACACAUACAGCAUAGAAUGUGUUCAACAGUUCUAUCUAUUCUUUUAUUGUCAAAUGAUUAAAGUUUGCUUUUGGUUCCUACGAAGUGGA